AUGGACGGUUCAGCCGAUUCCUACACUAGUCGACCCUCGGAUUCCGACCUGUCCCUGGAGGAGGACCAGGAGGCGUCUCGGCGUGAAGCCGAGCGCCAGGCUCAGCUGCAGCUUGAGAGAGCCAAGUCUAAGCCAGUAGCGUUUGCAGUGAAAACCAAUGUCAGUUACUGCGGGGCCCUUGAUGAAGAUUGUCCAGUCCAGGGUGCUGCUAUCAACUUUGAAACCAAAGACUUUCUGCACAUAAAAGAGAAAUACAACAAUGACUGGUGGAUCGGACGGCUAGUGAAGGAAGGGGCGGACGUCACUUUCAUUCCCAGCCCAGUCAAACUCGAGGCCAUGAGGCUAAAACAAGAACAGAAACAAGCAGCGAGGAAAGCAGGGAAUGCUUCAUCUGGAGGAUGGCGGUCCACCCCACCAUCUGCAGCCAAACAGAAGCAGAAGCAGACCGAACACGUCCCUCCUUAUGAUGUGGUUCCAUCCAUGCGGCCGGUGGUGCUGGUCGGCCCGUCGCUGAAAGGCUAUGAGGUGACAGACAUGAUGCAGAAAGCCCUGUUUGACUUCUUGAAGCACAGGUUUGAUGGCAGGAUCUCUAUUACGCGCGUGACUGCUGAUCUGUCGCUGGCUAAGCGCUCGGUGCUGAACAAGAAGGCCAUUAUGGAGAGAUCCAACACACGCUCCAGUCUGGCUGAGGUCCAGAGUGAGAUAGAGAGGAUCUUUGAGCUGGCCAAAACUCUGCAGCUGGUCGUCCUGGAUGCAGACACCAUCAACCACCCGGCGCAGCUUCUCAAAACUUCCCUGGCUCCCAUCAUUGUCUACGUCAAAGUUUCCUCACCAAAAGUUCUUCAGAGGCUGAUCAAAUCUCGGGGAAAGUCACAGAGCAAACACCUCAAUGUCCAGAUGAUGGCCGGGGACAAGCUGGCUCAGUGUCCACCUGAGAUGUUUGAUGUCAUCCUGGAUGAGAACCAGCUGGAAGAUGCGUGUGAACACCUCGCUGAGUACCUGGACAUUUACUGGCGUGCUACUCACCUGCCCGGUUCUGCCCCUAUCAACCCCUUAUUGGACCAAAGCGUGGUCACCCCACCCUCUGCUAACUCCAGCCAACAGUUUUCUGAGACUCAAGAGUUGAUAGAAUGAUCACCACCACAGACAUAGGAGCAGCCUGUGCUGUCGGCUGGGGUCAGACUAGGAGGUCAAAGUGCACAGGGACCAGGGGGCCACCAGGGGGCAGCAGCAGCCCUCCUCUCUGGAUAGCCAGCCACCACCUUGUCUGGCCACACCCUCUCUGGCUGCACCUGGGGUUAAGAUGAGGGCAAGAGGAGAGUCUCCUGAGAGAGAAAGAGCAGGAGGUUGGUGAGCAGGAGGAAGAGGAGAGAAAGACGACGAGGACGAGAAAGAUGUUACCAGCACCACUACCGACAGAGGACCCCCCCACCUCACUGCUGCCCCCUUGGCGAGAGCUCCCUGCUCCCACCGCCACGCGACUCAGGGCCGCUUUCUACAGCAGCACGCCUUCUGGCAGCAACGUCAGUGUAGCAACGGAGUCACUGACCGACCGCUAGCAUGCCACCCUCCCUCACCCGCCAUCAAACCUUGACUUUGACCCCAACUUGUUGAUUUUAACAGUGGAAACCACCCUCCCCACCUGGCGAUGCUGAGCCAGCCCAUGUGUGUUCACACACCCAGGAACAGUCAUUCCAGACACAGAUGGGCUGGCCCAGCCCCCUCAUAGACAAAUCACACACAUGUGAAAUCAGUGUAUCUUAACCGUAGCAUAACCAAGCUAUCCUAAUACAGUAAAUCACACAAUACUGAUGUGAGUAGCUUUCCAUUGUCGGGUUCCUAGACCUUCCCUCUCUGCCCCUCUCUGAUAAACCUGGCUUCCCUUUCUGGCUAAUAAGAACAGAGGGUGACAUAUCUUUACAAAACCAAUUCUGUAUGUCUUCCAUCACCGCAAUUGUCUGUGAGCUGCCAUCCCAGCCCGACCAAAUGUUUCCUGAAAGGCACACUUGCUUGUAGCAAAGUCAGCACAAUGUCAGUUGUGUUGGGACACCCGAGGGAAGUGAUUACCUUUCUCUUCCUUUAUUGCUUACCCUCUCUCCUGCUUGUUUUCCUGCAAGCCUUUUUUGAAUCUGUUGAAUCUGUUUCUGGUUAUUGUUUUGUUUUUGUUUUGUUUUGUUUCUUGCUGUAUCUAUCUCCACUGAAUUCAUAUCUUGGCUGUCAGUAUUAUCAAUCACAUAUCCAUAGGCAGCAGUGAUGCAAAACUCAUGCAUGAAAAGCACAGACUUGCACAUCAACAGUUAUAUGUAUCUUUAUCAUAGCUGUGAAUGUAUCAAUGCUGGUCCACUGGCUUGGAGCCACGAAAGAUUAUAGUGUUGAUUUCGGCACAAAUCCACAGAUCGAAUUGUGGCUUGUUCUCAGACGGUUGGUGGCAAAUCCUAUAACCUAACUAUAAUCAAGAUGCAACUCAGUAUUAACCAAAAAUGUAUUUCUAGAAUAGAUAUUUUUCAUUCCCUAAGACAAAAGACCUCUUUCAACAAAUAACACACAAAAGCAAUAGAAAUCAUCCUCUCACAUUUUGCCUCAAGUAUAAUAAUAAUUAGUUGUAGCGCUGUAGUGCUUUUUUUUCCCUAAAAGAAAUUCAAUGAAAAAUAUUUUUCUCUCUCCUACUGGGUAAAUAUUAUCUAUCCAACCCUUUUUUUUUUUUUUUUUUUUUUUUUUAAUGUUUCUUGAUAUUGGCUGUUUUUAGUUAUUAUUCUCUUUGUUCAAAAAGAGAAGGGCAAAUAAAUCAAUUUGUGUGAGAUUUGACAAACAAAACCACAAAAAACACCUAAUAUAGCAUAGACUACUACAAGAUUUCCCCAAAGCAGUCAUGCAUAUAUGCAUAACACAAAUCACUGGCUCUCAUGUUACCCAGGCCUCUGUGGUGACUGAGACGCCUGGUGGUAUUAGCACUAAACACCAAACACUGAGGCAAAAAUGAAGACAAUAACACAAUCCAGAUAGUCAGGAACACAUUAACUAUCUCACCUCAUGUCAUCACCACAACAGCCCCCUACCUCCAUGUAAUUUACAUCCCAAAUAUUACUGCUGCAGCUUCAACUACACUAUCAAGAUUUUAAAGUUAACAUAGUUUGCCAUUCAGGACAUCAGAAAGCCUAGUGAAUUAGUUUAUGAUUUACUGGCAUAAAAACUGUACAAACAGGCUGGAAGGCUUAUAAGUGUAUGCAGGGCACCCUCUGGUGGUAGGCUUAUGUCAUUAGAGGUCUUUUGUCCUCUGGUUAUUUCCAACACUUUGCAGGAUGUAAAAGCAUCAGCAUUAAUGAGGUGUAAAACAAAUUUUGGUAAUGUUCAGUAUCCAUUUGAAUGGCAUUCUCAUGGCUGAAAACAUCAAAAAAGCUUUAUCCAAACAUUGCAUAGCAACUGAUUGUCUCGUUAAUGUUUAUUUAAUCAUCUUUUUGGCCAUCAUUGCAUAUCUUACAGUCUUCCCAAACACAAAAAAAUGAAUGCAUAACAAUCACGCUGUAAAGCAACCACUGUCAUUAUCAUUAAACAGUGUACAUGAACUCAGUUAAUAUACCACAAAUGUAAAUAAUCUAAUGUAUGUGCAUGACAUGACAUGUUGUAUUCUUCUUUCAUCAGAAGGGCUUUUUAGGACCAUCCUCACAUGAGCUAAUCACUGCACUCCUCAGAGUAAAUCAGCAUAUGACUUGCAUAACUAAUCACAUGUAUGCAUACUCAAGGCUUAUUUGUACAUAAUGUAUAUUCAAAGGUCAGUUCUUCCUCACUACUGUAACACCAGAUUGCACAGAAACAAGAAAUACUGACAGAAAGUAGAAAGGGUUUUAGUCACAGUGCACAAUUCUCUCUCCAAAGCCUCAGAAAGCAUGUGUUUAUAUGUAAUUUUCUCCUCCUUUAGAAUGAUGCACAGUAUUUAUUUAGGGCCACCAUGAAGAUUGCUUCCACUGACACCUGCAUUCAGUUCUGAAGGACCGUACUUUAAGGUAUAUAAUUUAUACUUGAUGAAACACUGAGAGCACAGUACCUGCUCUGGUACAAAAAUCAGCUCCUCCUAUCUGCAGAUAUUUCAUUUUUCUUGCAGGAAGUUUCUACAAAAAAGUGAGCUCUUUGGACAUCCAAAGCACAAUUUUCUACAAUUAUCAUUUCCUAAUGAGUUGUGUUCCACAUGCCUAAAUUCUGUAUGCAAUACAAAGUCUAGCAUUGACAGACACUAGCUGAGACUAUCAAGAUAUCUCCUCAGUUAUGAUGGGGGUAUAAUUGCACUACUAUCAUUUAUAUGUCUGCUUUAUAAUGCAAUAAAUGCACUAAAUGUUAUGCUGUACCCACCUCCAAUACUGAAUAUAGUGUCCAGUCUAAUGAUGAUGUCAAAAUUUCCCAAGGUUUCAGAGAAGUCAACAAGUGAAAUGAUAUCCAACCGUAUCUGGCGAUGAUGAUGUGUACAGGGUGCAUCUGUUGUCAAUAGCACAUCUGAAUGAGGGGGUGAAUAAAUAAAUUAGCAUUUUAAUAA